UCUCCAAGUUGAUAAGUUGGUAAUAUAUUAAAGUUAACAUACUUACAAUUAAUCCAGUGACAGAAAUGGAUUUAACCGAGUUAUUAAAAUGUCCAGUGUGCACUGGGAUGGUCAAUGAACCAAAACAACUCCCUUGCCAACAUAGCUUAUGUUGGAGGCCGUGUUUAGAAAGAUUAUUGCAAAGAUCCAGAAGCUGUGUUUUGAAAUGUCCUGUUUGCGAAGCGGACCAUGCGUUUUCACAGAUAAACGCAAAUACGUUUCCAAAUAGUUUUCUUUUGAAAAAUCUUCUUGACCUCUACAAAAACCACCAUGAUACGGUUUCGUCGGUACGAAAUGCAACUCAGGUAUUAUCGAGAGACGGACAUAAUGGAUCAGGGCAAGGGAUGUCAAGUGCGGAAACGCCAGAUUCAUUCAAAAAGCAGAAAUGUGAGGAGUGCCGAUCGAUUGGUCAAAAGCGCGAAAUAUGCCUACAUUGUGCCAAAAAGAUCUGCCAGCAAUGCCAUUUGAAACACAUACGACUUGUACGAACUGCUGUGCAUGACUAUUACCACAGCAUACUAUUGAUAAUGAGUGAGUUAAAGGAGAAGCAAGACGAAAGUCGUCAUAGAAUUGAUAAUAAUCCUAAUAUAGCCCAACUUUUUCAAACGUUUCAACAGAUGGAGCACGAUAUGACUGGAUAUGUUGAAUGGGUUAGGUCGAUGAACGAUGACAAUGAUGAAAACAACUUGAUCUUUUUAUUGUUUCAAAGUGAAGCUCACAUGCAAGCCCUGGCUGAGCUACGUAUGCAUCCUGUGCUAUAUAGAGAUGAUCAACUCUCUAUCAACCGUGAAGAUAGAGCUGCUGGUUUUAUACGUCAAAAUGGUGCCUGGAUAGGUCUUUUUGGGGCAGUUUUGAUUUUUGCACAUUUGGUCUUUAAAGCAAAUUGAGCCUCAGAAAUAUACACGAGUUAUCCUUUGAAGAAAAGACAAAACUGUAUCCCUUAUUGUUUAGUGAACAGUGUUAAUAAUAUAAGAUACAAUAUUUAGUGUUGGCAAAUUUUCACAUAUUUGAAUGAUUAUUCCAAUGAUAUAUGCUUACAAAUAUGAAAUCAGUGCCGCAUAUUGUUCUAUAAUGCAUAAAUUAGUGUCUAUGUUGUUACUUUACCUGCGCAUGUCAUUAAGUUAGUAAAUGGACACCUUAUAAAGCCAUAUCUGAUUUUAAUAUAUUGUAACUCUAAACAUAGUCCGUUAUUUCAUCUUUCGUUUAAAAAAUUCAAGAAAAUCUCUCAUCUGAUUAAAAAAUAUGUACAUUGGCGUAUAAGUCAAAGCAAAACUACACGUUUAGCUAUUAUCAGUUUCCUGUUUGUAUUGUAGUAGAAAUAAAUUACUCCUGUGUCGUUUUCUUCGAUAAGCGAGGUAACUCGUAAGGGUAAGAUGUUGUACAGUCAGUUCCGUAUACAGGACUUUGUAUUUUGCUUUGCGUAGUUGUCGACCUUAGACCUUUUUACACUAUUUGUAAUAAAAUACCAGCGAAGGCUGCAUUUUGGAAAUUUUAAAGCCAGGCAACCGUUCAGUUUGAUAUUGAUUUCCAUAAAAGCAUCAUUAAGAAUGCUGGACACAAAUUAAUAUUUUACUUAAUCAGUUAACAGUUAAUUAACCUUUAUCAAAUAUAUAUCAUCAAUAUAUUAUUUAUCAAUGCAUAAUUCAUAUGAAAUAUAUUCAUUUUCCUUUCAGUAUAUUUACUUUUUAUUCUCCACAUCAACUUUAGUAAUAGCUAUAGUACCCCUUUUAAUAAUAUUUUGAUAUUCAAUAUGACGGACAUAAAGCUGCAGUCUCAGUAACAUCGAUCCCGGCGGAGCCCCGGUAGACGUCCGGGGUGAUCCGGGAAGAACCGGGGUACGACCAACCAGGGCAUUCGGAACUGCCUCGGCUAUUAUCUAUAAUAACCUCGGAAACAAUACGGACUGAAAGUAGUUCUACCACGUGGUUUCAGAUGUAAACAGAAACAGAGAUAAUGUAAAAUGAAUGUAUAUAUUUGACAUCCAAAAGAAAAGAAAUGUCUGUUUCGGUACUCUUAUGCUUGAAAAUAUGUCUGACAACAAUUUGUAACGCUGGUGUUCAAUUUU